UCUUACCUUUCUUUCCAAGCCGAAGCAAAAAUAGAACUUUCUGCUCAGCUCCAAACUGUCCAUCUCUCUCUCUGCCGAAAAUCAAAGACUCUCAUGCUUUCACAUAAAAACCUGUUCACUUCCAUGGUGUUUAACGCUUCUCUUUGAUAAACGUUCCUUUUAAAGCACUGUCCAUUCAUUUUUUGUUUUAUCAAUUCAUUAAAACCCAGUUUCAUUCCCUCAACUUUCUCAUCUGGGUCUCUCCUAUUUCCCUCAAAUUCCUCAGCUUUUAGCCUAAAGUUUGUAUCUUGACCUUGGUUUAUGGCUUAACUUUAGUUAUAAAAGAUUCCAUAUAUUUGUUGAAAGAAACCCAUGUAACUUCACUCGGUUUUGUCAUCCGGGUCUUUUUUAUUUCUCUCAAAAUCCUCACUUUAAGGCUAUUUUUCCACAAUUCAGUCGUAUACUCAUGUCAUUAACGGGAGAUCCGAGUUCUGAGUUGCUGAGUCGACUCGUUGACUCAGUGAAAGAGAUUUCUGGGUUACCGGAGUGUAGAAAUGUUUUUAAAAAGACGCAUGGCGAUUUGGUACGUAGGAUUAAGCUAUUGAGCCCUAUGUUUGAGGAAUUGAAGGAUAAUAAUGAAGAGCUAAGUGAAGAAGAGACUAAAGGAUUUGAAUUAUUGAGAACCGUUUUAGAUUCUGCUAAGGAACUUCUCAAAUCGGUUGUUGAAGGAAGCAAGGUGUAUCAGACUUUGCAAAGGGACGACAUAGCAGAUAAGAUCAACCAGAUUACAGAAAAAAUUGAAGCAGCAUUGGGUGAGAUUCCUUACGACAAACUCAAUUUAUCAGAGGAAGUUCAAGAACAGAUUGAACUUGUGCACGCUCAAUUCAGAAGAGCAAAGGGAAGGCAAGAACUCCAAGAUCAUCAACUGGAAGUUGAUUUGGCCAUAGCACAGAGAGAAAAGGAUCCUGACCGUGCAAUACUAAAAAGACUUUCAGAAAAGUUGCAUCUCCAGACUAUCGAUGAUCUAAAGAAAGAAUCCCUUGCUUUCCAUGAACUGGUUAUUGCAAGUGGUGGAGAUCCAGGAGACUGGUUCAAGAAGAUGGCAUCCCUCUUUAAGAAGUUAAAGGACUAUGUUCAAACAGAAAACCCUGAAAUUGAUUCUGCUGAGGCUGGAAAGGGUAUGAUUAAACACAGAUCUCCUGUUAUCCCAGAUGAUUUUCGGUGCCCAAUAUCUCUUGAACUGAUGAAAGAUCCUGUUAUUGUCUCUACCGGACAGACAUAUGAAAGAUCCUGCAUCCAAAAAUGGCUAGAUGCAGGCCAUAAGACAUGUCCAAAAACGCAGCAGACCCUUUUGCAUACUGCGCUUACACCGAACUAUGUUUUGAAGAGUUUGAUUGCUUUAUGGUGUGAGAGCAAUGGAGUAGAGCUUCCUAAACAGCCAGGGGCUUGUAGAAGCAAAAAAGUAGGAAGCAGCAUGUCAGAUUGUGACCGAGCUGCAGUCACUACCUUAUUAGACAAAUUAGGCAAUGGUAGUCUGGAACAACAAAGAUCAGCUGCUGGAGAGCUUCGUUUAUUAGCAAAGAGGAAUGCGGAUAACAGAGUCUGCAUUGCUGAAGCAGGAGCAGUUCCACUCCUUGUGGAGCUAUUAUCCUCAACAGAUCCUCGAACCCAAGAGCAUGCUGUUACAGCGCUUCUCAACCUUUCCAUAAAUGACCUUAACAAGGGAACCAUUGUUAAUGCGGGAGCCAUUCCUGAUAUAGUUGAUGUUUUAAAAAAUGGAAGCAUGGAGGCCAGGGAAAAUGCAGCCGCAACUCUUUUCAGUUUGUCUGUGAUAGAUGAGAAUAAGGUGGCAAUAGGGGCAGCUGGGGCAAUCCCAGCUCUUAUAAAGUUGCUUUGUGAUGGGACUCCAAGAGGAAAGAAGGAUGCUGCUACUGCUAUCUUUAAUCUUUCAAUUUAUCAGGGAAACAAGGCUAGGGCUGUAAAGGCUGGUAUUGUGCCACCCCUGAUGAGGUUGUUGAGGGAUGCUGGGGGAGGAAUGGUGGAUGAAGCACUGGCAAUUCUUGCCAUCCUUGCAGGUCAUCAAGAAGGGAAGGUAGCAAUUGGUCAGGUUGACCCGAUUCCUGUUCUGAUAGAGGUCAUCAGGACUGGAUCUCAACGCAACCGAGAGAAUGCUGUAGCAAUCUUGUGGUCGCUUUGCACUGGUGAUUCACAGCAGUUGAUCUUAGCUAAGCAGUUUGGUGCUGAAGAGGCACUAAAGGAGCUCUCGGAGAGCGGUACUGACAGGGCCAAGAGAAAGGCUGGAAGCAUAUUAGAGCUCCUCCAACGAGCUGAUACUGUGGUUGAUCAAAGCUGAUUCUGAAUCACGCUGCAAUACUUCAGAAAAUUGCAAACCAAAAUCAUGUCUGUUUGAAUAGUUAUUCAGUUUUGAAUAGGUAUCUCUUUACAAAAGGGUAGAUAUGGAAGUGUGCAUCUCGGCGGCUUAGGCAUACAAGACUGGUGCGUAUCCCCCAGUUAAGAUAAAGGUAAAAACAACGGUCAGCUUUCACCAACAGGCAGGAAAGGUCAGAGGCCCUACAUUUUAAACUGUGCCGGCUCUGGUGGGACGUGGUCUCGUUCUAUGAGCUGCUGCUGAUUUCAGGAAAUUAUUAUCUUAAUGAGAUGGAGGAGUUUGGUAGAAGAUGAAAGCAACAACACUACAGCGAUUUGAUGGGGUGAUGUCAGCCUUGAAGCAUCGCAUUCAAGGUGAUGUGUUCUUCAGUGAACGUUUAGAAGUGCUUGGGGCAUCCACAUUUCCUCACCAGAUGUUAUGUAAUAUGUUAAGAGGUUGGAAUUGACUUAUAAUGGCUAUAUUUUAGAAACAUUUUCAGGUGUCAUCUGAUCCCUUUUCAUCCAUGGUUGUUAGUUAGAAGGUGCAACUGUAGUCAGCCUAAGAUGGCGUGAAACAAAAUUUCAUUGCAAUGAGUUGUAGAGUUGGAUCGAAAGAUAUUUAUAGACUUGAAGACAGUCUUUUUAGCUA